AUGAGGCCAGAAACAGCUGGGGGCCACGUGCUCCUACAGCUGCUGCUGCUGCUGGCCGCGGUGCUGACCAGAACCAGCGCUAACCCUGUCCCCAGGGCCACCAGGCUCCCACCAGAAGCAAAGGAGUGCCACCUCGACAGGUUCAAGUCCCUGUCCCCUCAGGAGACGCAGGCCUUCAAGAAGGCCAAGGACGCCCUUGAAGAGUGGCUGCUUAAGAAGGAUGUCAGGUGCAGCUCCCGCCUCUUCCCCAGGGCCUGGGACCUGCAGCAGCUGCAGGUCCAGGAACGCCCCAAGGCCUUGCAGGCUGAGCUGGAGCUGACUCUGAAGGUCUUGGAGAACAUGGCUGACACAGCCCUGGGCACCGUCCUGGACCAGCCUCUCUACACACUGAGCCACAUCCACUCCCAGCUGCAGACCUGUACACAGCCUCAGCCCACAGCAGAGCCCAGGCCCCCAAGCCGCCGCCUCUCCCGCUGGCUGCACAGGCUCCAGGAGGCCCAGAGGAAGGAGACCCCCGGCUGCCUGGAGGCCUCUGUCACCUUCAACCUGUUCCGCCUGCUCAUAAGGGACCUCAGGUGUGUGGCCAGCGGAGACCAGUGCGUCUGA